AGCUCCGUGGGGCUCAGUGACCCUCGUAGGGCUGGACCCCGCAGCCGCUGCCCGCUGGCGGCCCAGUGGGCCCGGACACCUUGUCGGAAUGUGCGCUGGAAACAACUCAGCAAUCACCCGGGCCGGUCCACACUCGUGGGCGGCGGACCCGGCUCCCCUUUAGGGAGGCAGGAUGCCCUUGGUAGGGCUGUGGGGCACCCCAGGGCUUGUUGCUGUCUGGGUACCCCCCCCAAGCCUCGGAUGGUCUUCCCGUCCCCGCGCCCUGCUCCGGGGAGCACCCCUUAUCCCUGGCUGGCUUCAGAGCCUCGCCUCGCCCCUCACGCGUCACCCCUGGGCUCCCUCCCUGCGGGACAGGGUGGCCCUGCCGGGCCCUUCCCUAGGGCCUCGCUGCUCUCUCGUGAGUGUGCUUGGUCCUCGGCUGCGGCCCUGCGGGCCUCUGCGGACUGUUCGUCCUCGAGUCCGUCAGAUUUCCCCAGGUUGUCGUGCGUCAAAUACGCUGGGCUGUUCUCUUGACCGGUAAAUACUUUACGUCCGUGAAGAAGAGCUGGGGUGCAGGCCAGGGGUGCAGGGGAGUGAGAGGACUCCCCAGAGACAGAGCGGGGAGCAGAGCAGGCGGAUCCACGGAGACACACUGCUGACGGGGCAGCGGGGAGCAGGAGAGGUCUGCCGCGCCCUGGCCGGGGAUGGCCGCAGGCCGCAAUGGCUGCCGACAGCUUGAUAGCACCGAGACUCACCCCUUGGGCCCAGGGAGGCCGGACUGUGGACCGGAGGAGGCACCAUGGCGACCCCGGACGUGAGUGUCCACAUGGAGGAGGUGGUGGUGGUGACCACGCCUGACACGGCGGGAGACGGCAGCGGCCUGGAGGAGGUGAAGACGGUGCUGGUGACGGCCAACCUGGCCCCGCACGGGGCGGAGCUGACGGAAGACCCCAUGGAGGCGGAGAGCGCGGCGGCGGCCUUCACCGCGUCCUCGCAGCUCAAGGAGGCUGUGCUGGUGAAGAUGGCCGAGGAGGGGGAGAGCCUGGAGGCCGAGAUCGUGUACCCCAUCACCUGCGGGGACAGCCGCGCCAGCCUCAUCUGGAGGAAGUUCGUGUGUCCCGGCAUCAACGUGAAGUGCGUCCAGUACGACGAGCACGUGAUCAGCCCCAAGGAGUUCGUGCACCUGGCGGGCAAGUCCACGCUCAAGGACUGGAAGCGGGCCAUCCGCAUGAACGGCAUCAUGCUCAGGAAGAUCAUGGACUCGGGGGAGCUGGACUUCUACCAGCACGACAAGGUCUGCUCCAACACCUGCCGCAGCACCAAGAUCGACUUGUCAGGGGCCCGCGUGUCCCUGAGCAGCCCCGCGGCCACCGAGUUCCUCCCGCUCACACCCGCCACCGCGGACGUGAACGGUUCCCCGGCCACCAUCACCAUAGAGACCUGCGAGGACCCAGGUGACUGGACCACGGCUAUCGCAGAUGACACGUUUGCCUUCUGGCGGGGGCUUAAGGAUGCGGGGCUGCUGGACCAGGUCAUCCAGGAGUUCCACCAGGAGCUGGCGGAGACCAUGAAGGGCCUGCAGCAGCGGGUCCAGGACCCCCCCCUGCAGCUCAGAGACGCUGUCCUCCUCAACAACAUCGUGCAGAACUUCGGCAUGCUGGACCUGGUGAAGAAAGUGCUGGCCAGCCACAAGUGCCAGAUGGACCGCUCGCGGGAGCAGUAUGCCCGCGACCUGGCAGCCCUGGAGCAGCAGUGCGACGAGCACCGGCGGCGCGCCAAGGAGCUCAAGCACAAGUCGCAGCACCUCAGCAACGUCCUCAUGACACUGACGCCCGUGCCCCUGCCGCCCCCCGGGAAGCGGCCCCGCCUCGCCCGGGCCACCUCGGGGCCGGCCGCCAUCGCCUCGCAGGUGCUGGCCCAGUCUGGGCAGCUUGCCCUCCCGCCGGGCGUGCCUGUCUCCCAGCUGGCCAGCGUGCCGCUGGGCAAGGUGGUGUCCACCCUGCCCGCCCCCGUCCUGGGCAAGGGCUCCCCACAGGCCGCCCCCGCCGGCUCCCCGGCCUCACCGCUGCUGGGGGGCUACACGGUGCUGGCCUCCUCGGGCCCUGCCUUCCCCAGCGCCGUGGAGAUCCACCCCGACGCGGCCAGCCUCACAGUGCUGAGCACAGCCGCCAUGCAGGACGGCAGCACCGUGGUCAAGGUGGUGAGCCCGCUGCAGCUGCUGACUCUGCCCGGCCUGCAGGGCGUGGCCCAACUGUCCCCCGGGGGCGGUGCCACAGUGACCGUGCCCUCGGGGGCUGCCCCUGGGCCGGAGGAGCACACCGCCACCAUCGAGGUGGCCGCCGUGGCGGAGGGCCCCGAGCAAAAGUAGCCGCUGCGCGGCCCAGCAGACACAGGCGGCGGGCAGCCAGGGCUGCCGAACCAAAGAGAGGACACGCCAGAGCGGACCGCAGGGCGGGCAGAGCAUCCGAGCCGGCCGCCGCCGUUCUGGGGAAAUCUAUUUUUCCAUCUGUUACUUAUUAAUACUGUUUACACGCUGGGCCUUGACCAGGGGCCGGCGGGAGCGUAUGGGAGGCCCCGCCAGGCCCCCAUGGCCGCCCUGGGCCCGGCCUGCCCACUGGCUUGAGUCUGGGGGCUGUGCCCGAGCGGGACCCUGGAUCCUAUGGAUUUGGUAUCUUCCCACAGUUUUCUGUAGGGCUAGCACGGCCCCCACGCCCCGCCGGCCCGGGACUCACGUGGCGUCCAGUGCGGCAGCCUGGGGCGGGGGGCAGCCCUCCCUGCGGGUGCCAGGGCUGUACUCAGGUGCCUGGUGGGGGUGGGCACUGCUUUCAGGCCAGGCCUCAGCCUGGGGUCCCACUCUGGCCGCUGUGAGAUGUUCCCGGCACAGUGGGGGUGUCCUGGGGCCUGGUGCGAGAGCCUGCCAGAGGCGGGUGGGCCUCUGGGGGCCCAAGGUGUCCACAGCUCUGAUUCUGGACUCGGUGGGAGGAGGGCGGCACCCCCAGGGGGAAGGCAUCUGGGGUCCAGGUGCCUGUGGCUGUCCCUGAGGGAGGCCCUUCCUGGGGUUUCUGGAGGGAACCAGGUGCCCGUCCACUGUCCUUCCAUUUGUCACGUGCCCGCCCUCGGCCAGUCACGUGCCCGCAGCGCCCCCAUCUGUCCAGCCCUUCUCAGGCUCUCACCGCGUCCAGUCGGUGCCCCAGUGCCCACCGCCCGCUCAGACCCAGCCAGGCUGCAUCACUCGUGAAACUGCUUUCUGCCCGCGGGGCCUGGUGGCUGCCUCCGACCGCGGCGGGGCGUCCAGGCCCCCCGCGGCCCCCGGGACACCCGCCCAGCCCCACUCAGGCCUGCGCUGCGGCUCACGCUGCCCGGCCUCUGGGCGGGCCGGCGAGCGGGGCUCAGGCCAGGCGUGUGCCCCCCUUUGUAUGUUGUUGUGCGGGCACCUGUCGGCGCUUGCACUGAAAAUAAAAGUUUCUCACAGUUUGUGUCCAGAAGGUGGCAGAGGAGCGGGGGGUGGUGCGCGUCCACUCCGCUGGCCAGGCCGCGGAGGAUCCAGGCCCCACGAUCAGAACUCCUGGCAGCACCGGGCACAUUGGGCCUCGGGCCUUGGCACCUUCUGGGAGCCACGACGCGUCUGUGGUGGGCCAGGACGCGCCUCAGGGGACAUGAAGCUGUCCUGGGGGUGGUGGCCCCAAGACCCCUCUGAUGGCAGGACCCAGCCGCCUCCUGUGGGGCAGCGGGGCGCCUUGGACAUGGGUGGCCCUCGCAGGAGCUCCAGGGCGGGCCUCCUGCCCACCU